GAAUCAUUGAACUAAAUGGCUGCAUCUCUGCAGAAUACGCAGUCCAAUUUCCGCAUUGUGUCCUUGCAAGCUGAAUUCCAUGGUGGCAGUGUGACGAUAGAUGUUUGUGCUGUGUUGGACCUCUAAUAAUUGUCUUCCGCCUGCGAUUUUCGACUCUCAACCGACGCUGGCAAGCGAAGCAACUCCCGAGUGAAAGAAGAUGUCAACUCUUACGACUACAACACUCAAGUCGUCCUACCCUCCUAUCCUUCCUCCCCCAUUCACUGCCAAUCAGCCUGAGACGAUCCGGCUGUACCCUUUAUCAAACUACACCUUCGGCACCAAGGAAACACAGCCAGAAGAAGAUCCAUCGGUCGUAGCAAGGCUGAAGAGGCUGGAGGAACAUUACGAGAAAUAUGGCAUGAGACGUACUUGCGAAGGCAUAUUGGUUUGCCAUGAGCACAACCACCCGCAGGUACUGAUGUUGCAGAUUGCAAAUGCCUUCUUCAAGCUACCGGGUGACUAUCUCCCUCACGACGCCGACGAGAUCGAGGGCUUCAAGAUGCGAUUGAACGAACGACUGGCUCCCGCAAAUCCGAAAGAAGGCGACACAGAAUGGGACGUGGGCGACUGUAUCGCACAAUGGUGGCGCCCCAAUCACGAAACUUUUCUCUACCCAUUCCUUCCCGCCCAUGUCUCGCGGCCGAAAGAGCUGAAGAAGUUGUACUUCAUACAUUUGCCGCCCAGCAAAGUGCUCAGUGUGCCGAAGAACAUGAAAUUACUGGCUGUUCCACUGUUCGAAUUGUACGACAACACUGCACGGUAUGGUCCGCAGCUGAGCGCAAUCCCGCAUUACUUGUCUCGAUAUCGAUUCGAAUUCGUCGACGAGGAUGGUAAUGUGAGCAGUGUCAUGCCAGGUGCUGGAGAGAUGCCGAAUCCGCAACAGACAGUCAAAGUACUUGUUGGGCAGCAAGAAGAGGAAGGGCCUACGACAGAGGUCAAGGGCGAAGCUAGUGCCGAUGUCGACGUGAAGAUUGAAAACGGGGACUGAAUUCGCAGUUUGGGAUCUGAACGCACGACAACGCCAUCACAGCAAACGAAGCUAUAGGCGGCGUCUACAAUCUUCAGUACGCCUUCCCAACGUACAUGUCCAAUUAAGUUGGCAUCGAGACCCACAAACGGCCAUGAUCACCUGCACGACGCACUCUGGGUUUGGUCGAGAUCCAAGGUUGAUGCCCAACGACAUUGAUCCUGCCACUUUGGGUUCAGGAGGUCGGCUUCGAGGUUUCAGCCAGGGUCUGGUUGGGGCAUGAUCAUCCACAAUCCUCGAAUGAGCAGAAGGUCAAACUUCUCUGAUAGCUUCUGAGUUAUUGUCCCUGUGUGAUAGUGCCAAUCCGCGAUGGAUUGCCGCAUAGCUGAAUCACUAGCAAAGUGGAAUGGCAAUGUUGCUGGCUUGAGAUAUAGCUUGAGACUUACGAGAUUCCUCGGAGACAUGGAGGCAGAGUUUAUGAGAAAUGGCAAAUGGGCAGCAUGGGGCCAAGGGACCUCAUCUCCAUCCACUAUUCUAGGGCAAUUUCUGAGAGCCCAUAUGGAUAUUGUACUCCUUACUAGUGCAAGUCUUGCUAUUGAUCUAAUUACCAACCUUGGCAUCUAGUGCG